GAAGUGCGACAAUGAAAAUUUUUGAUGAAUAUUAAAAUUAUACAAGACAGUUUAACUUGAAGGUCUUCUUCUAGUCUUUUGAUACAUAUACCAUAAACACAUAUCAACCAAAAUGGAAAACGAUAAAGGUCAAUUAGUUGAAUUAUACGUCCCAAGAAAGUGUUCUGCCACCAACAGAAUCAUCAAGGCCAAGGAUCACGCCUCCGUCCAAAUUAACAUUGCCAAUGUUGACGAAGAAGGAAGAGCUAUUGCUGGUUCCAACGUCACUUACGCUUUAUCCGGUUACAUCAGAGGUAGAGGUGAAGCUGACGAUUCUUUAAACAGAUUAGCCCAACAAGACGGUUUAUUAAAGAACGUCUGGUCUUACUCCCGUUAAGAAGAACGAGUAAAAAGGUGCAUUAGUUGUAUAUUUAUAAAAAAUCUUCUAACUUUUUAAUAUAAACGUUUAUUACAGGAAAACAAAGUGUUCAAUAGCCAAAUCAAGCGACAGUACAUUCAUAACGAUAACGAUAACGAUAUACACAUUGAAAAGAAGUUCAAAAAAUAUUUAUUCAUU